AUGCAACUCUCCGCAUCCACCUCCUCCCCCCUCCCCUCCCUCCCCCAUCCCUAUCGCCACGAAGCCUCGACCUCGACCACUCGUCAUCCCAACGACGUAACCCACCCCGAUUCCGAUCUGCAAGUCCUCUCGACGCGAGGCGCGGGCAACACGGCUCGUUCAUUACUGAAGCAAGAUAUCCUCUCCGUACGUCCUCGCCUCCCACACAUGACCCUUUCAGCAAGAUACUCCCCCCCCCCUCUUCGACGGACCGUAAUCCUCCCACCUAGCCGUGUCUGUCACUUAACGACCUCCCUUAAUACCCCCUCUCCUCACAGGAAGAAGAAUACAUCACCCAUCUCUCGCACAUCAUCAAACGUGACUUCUUCCCCUCCCUCGCCAACUUGGACGCACAACAUGAGAUCCUCGACGCGUUCGAAAGCGAGGAUCCCAAACAAGUCGAAGAGAGUAUCAGGAGGAUGAGGAUCUUGUGGACGCCUACACCGGGUAGUACGAGGGGUGGCGGUGGGAAGCGGGACAAGAAGAAGAGCGGUGGGUGA